AUGGGGUGCGUCGUCUACCUCAAUUCUUCUGUCAAUGCUGACUCUCCUUUUCCUAGGUCGUCCAGCCGUCAUAGCCACACCCACAUCGACAUUACUCACGUUCGCUCUCCUUCCCGAACCCCCUCUCCAGCCUCUCAAGACGACGAGCUCCACGAAAACGGUGUCCAAGUUUCUCCGGCUGAAAUCUCCCCUCAAUAUUCUGUCAUUCAACCAACCCAGAGCCAGAGUGGUUCCUCAUCCCUGCCUGGUGACUUCCAGGUGGUCUUUCCCAACGAACUUCCCGAAGGCGAUGGCUCAGACUCUGCGUCAAGAGUAGAUCCUCGUGAAAGGGCUCAACAAUACGAUUCGAGAUCCAAUUCUACACGGCGACAGCCAUCUCACCGUCGACAAGCUCUCCGUGAACAAACUCGCAGUCGACCCAGGGAACUACAGGAAACAUCCCCGACCGAGAGCGGUGACUCAACCGAGGAGUUUCUUGCCAGGCGGGAUUUGGGGUCUGGUAUGCCUCGGCCUCAAUCCUACUAUGGGCACAACGGGUACACCCACAGCAGUUCUUCUGGAUCAUAUGCAUAUCCCGCUGUGCCACCCUCAAAUCAGGUGAUUCCUCUUCAACCACAGCCAAUGGCCGUGCCUUAUCCACCACAUUAUCCCCACGUGGCGGGAGGUCAACCGAUGCCAUACGCAGGGUUUUCCGGAGGCUAUAGUCAUCAUGCUCCGUCUCAAGUGAGCUCGCCAUAUACGUCGUCUCCAUAUGGGGCGCCUACCAUCGUCAACUAUGGUGGUCCACCACCUCCAGGGGGCUAUUUCACACCACAAUAUGCCCCUCAAUUCGGUGGGCAACAGUAUCCACCACAGUACCUGCAAUAUCCCCAGCAAAUGCCUUUACCUUUCGUGGAUUACCGCAUGCCCAUGGCGCCUUCACCACAGCCGGGCUCUGCCAAUGCCUCUGCCGACAAACUUGAAGCAGAAAAGAAGACUGAUCCGGAAGAUAUGUUCAAACGCUUUGCGGACCUGAUGAAAGAAGAACGCGCUCAAGCCGAAUUGAGCAAAGAAGCGCAGGCUGCUGAAAAAGCCAAGAUUGAAGCAGAACGGGCCGAACAAGAAAGUCGCAUUCGGGAACAAGCUCUUCGUCAAGCAGAGGAAAAGGCUCGACAAGAUGCGUUGCGGGCCGAAGAAGAAAAACGAAUUCGAGAUCAGGCUCUGAUCCAGGCGGCUGAGAAAGCCCGGGCUGAAGCCGAAGCCGCAGCCGCACGAGCGGCCGAAGAGCGACGAAUUCGAGAGGAGGCAGUAUUGGCCGCAGAAGCUAAGGCUCGGGCUGAUGCCGCCGCUCUUGCCGAACGCAUGGCAGCCGAGCAAAGAAUUCGAGAGGAAGCCCGACAAGAAGCGAUCCGCGCCUAUGAAGAAAAGGUCCGGCAAGCUGCGGAGCAAGCCGCGAGGGAGCAGCAGAUCCGCAAGGAGGCGGCCGAAGCAGCGUUGAAAGCAGCUGCUGAAGAGGCUGCCGCCAAAGCAGAAAAAGCAGCCGCAGAGAAAAAGAUCGCCGACGAGGCCGCUGCAGCUGCUAAAUCCGCAGCGGAAAAGGAAGCCGCCGAUGCGGCCGCUGCUGCGCAAGAAGAGGCCAAAAAGGUCAAAGAGGAAGCUGAGGCUAAGCUUAAAGAAGCCGAAGAGGCGGCGGCCAAGGCAAAGGCUGAGGCAGAAGAAGCAGAGAAGAAAGCGGCCGCCGCAGCGCCUCCCGAGAAAAAACCUCCAGUCAGGUUCAAAGACGCGAUUGGACGCAACUAUAAUUUCCCGUGGGAACGAUGCUGUCGAUGGAGGGACAUGGAAAGUCUGAUCAACCAGGCUUUUGCCCAUAUUGAUGGCCUUGCGGAGCACGUUAUGAAUGGACGCUAUGAUCUGAUUGGGCCUGACAAAGAGAUCAUCAUGCCCGGGUACUGGGAGUCCACCAUCGAGCCCGAUAUGCAGAUAACAAUGAUGUUAUGGCCAAUUCCUGAGCCCAAGAAGGAGGAGGAGGUUCCGGCGCCUUCUGAAAUUGUCGAUCCCGAUGCGAUCUUGAAUCUGGACGAAAUUCUCAACCCCAAAGAGAAGAAAAAGGGUGUGUCUCCAUCUCCCCUGAGGGUCUAUUUUCCAUAUCUCACCCCGAAUUCUGCUUUAGGAACCACCAAAAAGAAAAAGCCUGGAGGGCUAGCGUCGUGGAUGCUGGGAGGGGCCCCCAGUCGGUCUGGGCGGUCUUUAAAAGGUGAAAAAAAGCCUGAUGUAGCCGCUAGAUCCCAGCACGGCGCCACUGACCAGAGUGCAUGCGCCGUUAUGUGA